GAUUGAUAUAGCAGUUGAUAGCAAACCUCAAGGCGAAACACAGUGUCAAUGUUAAUCAAGAUUCUAAUAAUUGGACAAUGUAACAACAGAUAUCGUUAUUAAGGUCACAUGCACAUAUAGCUCUACAACUUGAUUACUCAAAUAGGUGUCUGUAACUAUUUAUCGAAUACUUCCAUUAAUUUGAAUUCUUUUUCUCUUCUGUUUGAGUACUUAACCCGUAAGUACUGAGCACAGUUGAUAGCGUCUCGCCGUUAUUAUGUUGUUGCCCGCAACCAGGAAAAUCACCAAAACUUCCAGAGGUCAAGGAGGGAAAAAAAUUCAGGGGGAGUCCUUACACUUGAGCCAUAAACUGAAUUAGUCUUUACACUUCAACGAUGAUGUCCAGAAACCUUGCCUUUGUUACACGUGCCAGACCAUCUUCAAGCUUUGUGAGAGCGCUUGCCACGCGUGCUGAUGUCACUCCAAAGGCGCUUGCCACAGAUUACCCGUUGGCAUCUCAGGAUAACACCCCAUCCAACAAAGUUGAUUAUGUUUUGACCUCCCUUGACGCGGUUACGAACUGGGCUAGAAAGUCAUCCUUUUGGCCUGUUACCUUCGGUCUUGCGUGCUGUGCCGUCGAAAUGAUGCACGUUUCUACACCACGUUACGAUCAAGAUCGUCUUGGUAUCAUUUUCAGAGCCACUCCUAGACAAUCUGAUAUCAUGAUUGUUGCUGGAACCUUAACCAACAAGAUGGCACCAGCAUUAAGAAAGGUCUAUGACCAGAUGGCUGACCCAAAGUGGGUCAUCUCUAUGGGCUCCUGUGCCAACGGUGGUGGUUAUUACCAUUACUCUUAUUCGGUUGUGAGAGGCUGUGAUAGAAUCGUUCCUGUGGACGUCUAUGUCCCUGGUUGUCCCCCAACUGCCGAAGCUUUGAUGUACGGAGUCUUCAGACUCCAAAAGAAGAUGGUCACCACAAAGAUUACCAGACUUUGGUACAGAAAGUGAGCCCCUGUUCCUUUGGCUUUUCCUUUUCUGGAGUCUUUAUUUAUUUUUAUUGUGUGUAAUUCUUGAAGGAAAAAAUCAAAUACCAAGAAAGGGAGAAAUACCACAUAUUUAUUUAUUCACUACAUAUCAUACACCGGCUAUUU